UACAGGGGAUGACCAGAGACUGCGGACAUAGUACAGGAGAUGACCAGAGACUGCAGACAUAGUACAGAGGAUGACCAGAGACUGCGGACACAGUACAGAUGACCAGAGACUGCGGACAUAGUACAGGAGAUGAACAGAGACUGCAGACACAGUACAGGGGAUGACCAGAGACUGCAGACAUAGUACAGGAGAUGAACAGAGACUGCAGACAGUACAGGGGAUAACCAGAGACUGCGGACACAGUACAGGGGAUGACCAGAGACUGCAGACAGGGGAUGACCAGAGACUGCAGACAUAGUGCAGG